AUGCGCCAUGGCCGAAUAUGGAGAAAAAUUGCCCUUCUUCAUAAUCCACUCGCCUUUCUCAUUGUACCUUUCUCCUCGAAAUUUAGGUUCACAACUGCCGCAAAAGCUCCGGCGAGCUCACUCGGCGACCUUUUGCUAGUCGCUUCCAUAGCCAAAACCCUGUCCAAGCCCGGAGGAAUUCACACUCUGGACAGAGAUGGCGACUCGAUCCCCCUCUCCGAGGAGCUUGUCCUCCAGAUCCUCCGCCGUGGCUCCCUCGACGCCUCCAGGAAGCUGGAUUUCUUCCGAUGGUGUUCCCUCAGGCAUAAUUACAAACACUCGGCGGGUGCAUACUCUCAGAUGUUCAGGUCCAUCUGCUUUUUGCCCAACCGCCAUUACAACGAUAUCCUCGAGCUACUUGCCUCGAUGAGGCGCGAUGGAUUAACGCUGGAUUCAUCGACUCUGAAGCUGAUCCUCGACGGAUUUAUCAGGUCCGGUAAGUAUGAUUCUGCCCUGGAAGUAUUGGAUUAUGUCGAGAGGGAAUUGAUCGAUAAGAAGCGUUUGAGCCCUGAUGCGUAUAGCCCUAUUGUAGUUGCUCUUGUGAGGAAAAACCAAGUUUCUUUAGCUCUGUCUAUUUUUCUCAAGCUUCUAAAUUCACCCACUGUUGGAGACAGUAUAGUCAUUCCCGAUGCUAUUGCCUGUAACGAGCUGCUUGUCGGCUUGAAGAAAUCGGGCAUGAAAGAUGAAUUCAAAGAGGUUUUCGAAAAGCUUCGUGGCACGAAACUGUACCCUCUCGAUAGGUGGGGUUACAACAUAUGCAUCCACACGCUAGGAUGCUGGGGUGAUUUGAGCAUUGCUUUGAGUCUGUUUAAGGAGAUGAAGGGAAAAAGUGGUUCGUUCGAUCCAGAUUUGUGCACGUACAAUAGCUUGAUACACGUGCUUUGCUCGCUUGGGAAGGUGAAAGAUGCCCUCGCUGUGUGGGAAGAGCUGAAAAGCUCGUCCGGCCACGAACCCGAUUCGUACACUUACCGAAUACUCAUUCAGGGCUUUUGUAAAUCCUACAGAAUUAAUGACGCCCUGAAAAUAUUUAGUGAGAUGCAGUAUAACGGAGUACGUGCAGAGACUGUUGUUUAUAACUCCCUUCUCGAUGGCUUGUUAAAGUCGAGGAAAUUGAACGAAGCCUGCAAUCUUUUUGAGAAAAUGGUGGAUGAUGACGGGGUUCGAGCCUCAUGCUGGACGUACAACAUUCUCAUAGACGGGUUGUUAAAAAACGGGAGGCCCGAGGCUGCUUAUACCCUGUUUUCUGAUUUAAAGAAAAAAAGUAAUAAUUUCGUGGACAGUGUCUCAUAUAGUAUUGUGAUUUUGCAUCUUUGCCGGGAGGCAAAGCUCGAGGAAGCAUUGAAAUUGGUGGAGGAAAUGGAGGCUAGGGGGUUUGUGGUUGAUUUAGUCACGAUAACUUCGUUGUUAACUGCGCUUUACAGGCGAGGUCUAUGGGAUUUGACCGAGAAGCUUAUGCGCAAGCAUAUAAGGGAUGGGAAUUUGGUCCUUUCUAUUCUUAAGUGGAAAUCGGCGAUGGAAGGCUCGUUGAAGAGCCCACAGAGAAAGGAGAAGGACCUCACGCCAAUUUUCCCAUCAACAAACGAUAUUGCCGACUUCUUGAGUCUGCCGAAAUUAGACUCUGGCAAAAUCAAAGAUUUCGAGCAGCCGGGUAAUAUCGAAAUUGACGAGUGGUCAUCAUCUCCUUACAUGGACAUGCUGGCAAAUAAAUUCACGUCCGGCGAUCAAAGUCCCGUAAAGGCUUUCACAAUGUCGAGAGGGGUUCGAGUCAUGGACAAAGGCGAGGACUCUUUCGACAUCGACAUGGUGAACACCUAUUUAUCGAUUUUCUUGUCCAAAGGGAAGUUGAGCCUUGCUUGCAAAUUGUUCGAGCUUUUCACAUCGAUGGGGGUGGACCCGGUUAGCUACACGUACAACUCGAUCAUGAGCUCGUUCGUGAAAAAGGGUUACUUUAGGGAGGCUUGGGCCGUGCUCGAUGCCAUGGGGGAGACCCUUAACCCGGCCGACAUAGCGACGUACAACAUUAUCAUCCAAGGCUUGGGGAAGAUGGGCCGUGCUGACUUGGCGAGUGCCGUUCUUGAAAAAUUGACGAGGGAGGGCGGGUAUUUAGAUGUCGUGAUGUACAACACGUUGAUUAAUGCGCUGGGGAAAGCGGGCCGGGUUGACGAGGCGGACAAGUUUUUCGGGCAGAUGAAGGCGGGCGGAAUAAAUCCGGACGUGGUUACCUAUAACACGCUCAUUGAGGUGCAUGCGAAGGCGGGUCGGGUUGAGGAUGCGUACAAGGUUUUGCGGAUGAUGUUGGAUGCCGGGUGUGCUCCGAAUCAUGUGACAGACACGAUUCUGGAUUUUCUGGAGAGUGAGAUUGAAAGGUUGAGAUACGAGAAGGCUUUUGUUGUGAGGUCUAGCACAGAUGAUCCCUCCUGA